UGUCGCAUGUCAUUAUCCACCCCCAGUGCCGGCCUAGCGAUGAUUGGUGUUGACAACGUCAAUCGUUCCAUGCAAGGCCAUCUUACCCUCAACGGCUAUCAAAAGAUGGCUCCACAACAGGCACAACUCCAUCCCAUACUCGACAUACUAGAGCCCGGAACUCACAUCGCCUCCCUUCCAAGACCAAAAUCACUCUUCAGGCGCAAAAAGCCACGCCAACAAUGGCACGAAGACAUCGUCAUCACCGCGGGUACUCUCCUACCAUCAGACGCCCAAUUCCCUUGGGCAUCCCUCCGCCAGCACACCGAGCAAUACCUCAAGAGCAAAGGCAAAUCCACACAAAUCAAGACCGAAGCAAAACUCAUCUCGAUGAUCGAAUCCCACGGGCAAAAGGAAAUCGCAAUCGCGGCCUGCGCGGCCCUCAUCUCGCCCUCGUCGCUCCGCGCCCUCCUAAACGUCGAGCUGAGCGUCGCUCGCUCGAGCUACCUCGGUUUGGAAUCGUACCUGCAGUCGCUCAUCGCUGCGAACUACUACUCGACAAACUCCGUCGCGGUGCUUGAAACCGCGUGGGCGAAACAGACGCUGCCGUAUGUGACAAGGGGUGCUAGCGCCGCCGGGUCGUACCUAGAAGGUGUAUGCUCUCUGUUCGAUUUCACGCGCAUCGCGGAUCUAUCUGGCCUUGCUAAUUUCGACGUCCUUGCUCGCCGCGCGAUCCGCGAUUUUGCCGUCCAGCUCGAGAGUUUGCGGUUGAAGUGUGAUUGGGUGGCUGCGUAUAGCGCCGUGGCUUGGAUGAAGAAACUCGAGCCUUAUCUUGAUGUCGAAAAGGCUGCUAUAAAAGGGAAGAUUACGCCUGCGGCGCUGUUGGAUGGGCAGUGGCCAGAGUGGAGGGCGUGGACGAAGUGGGAACCAGAUUUUGAUAAUCUGGCCGUGAUGACCAUGGUUAAGCCCGAGCAGAGGGGGAUUCUGAUUGACUACAUGAUGUUGGAGGGGCCGGAUUUUUAUACUUCGGCGGAGAAGUGUUUGAAGGAUGCGGUUAUUUCGCUGUAUAGAGGGCUGAAUAUGGUGACGUGUUAUCGGAGUCUGGUCUUUGAGGUCGCGAUCGGCGUCAAAGAUCUUGCGUGGAUCAUGGGCACCAUGUCGAAAGCGUUCAAAUUCGCUGUCGAGAACGGAGGGAAGCCUUUUGAGCUGUUUGCCGAGUUGAUUCUCAGGCAACGGAUAAACAGGCGCACCAUGGAAUUGCUCGACGCGACCAACAGGGUAAAGGACUCGCCGACGUGGGAUGUUCAUGCAGCAGUGCUCGAUAUGACUGUCAACGGUAAUCCGUCUCUUGGUGCGAAGAACUUGACUUCGAUACAGCACUUGAUACGCGCCGUGGACGAUCCAUCCGGGAAAGACCUACAAGAUUUGAUCUUGGACCCCAAAAUAAUCACCGGAAUAGAAAACUGCGUCAAGGAGUUCCAGCCCCUCCUACAGACUUCCAUCGAUCGCGGAAUCUCAUGGAAAUCGCCCGUCGAACGUCUCCACGCGUUCUGCAGCGUUGCAAAAGCAUCAAAAAGCUGUUUACUGAGAGUGAAUGCGAAUGUCAAACGUAUACUCGAAACGCUACCUACGCAAGAAGAACUCGAUAUACUGGUCGAUGUCUACGCUGAGGCUUCACUAUGGAAAGACUACGAAGCCGAGCUACGUUUUGGAAUCGGAAGCUGUGCGGUACCAGAAUCCAUUGAAGCAUGGGUCAUUGAACAUUUCAUCCACGAAGGAGCUGUGUCUACUUCCUCGCGGAGAACCGUACAGUCCAUCGUAAAAGUCUGGCAAAGUACAAGGGAGGAAGAGGAUGAGAACAGGCAUAAACGACAAACACUGGCACUUCUGGCAUCGAAAGUCGUUGUUGCCCUGGAUAGCGAAGUUCAGAUUUCGUGUCUCGAACAAAUCACACGGAUGCCUGAUGACUGUGUUGACCGGUUGCUGGGCUUCUUCAAACUCUACUUCUCCGGAGACAGCAACAACACAGGGUCUUCUUGGCCGUCACGUAUCCAAGAAAUAAGCUGUAUGCGCUUUGUAUCUCAUCUCGCAAACAACGAAAAGGAAGACCUGGUGCAAUGCUGGAAGCCUGUGUUGUUCAAAAUGAUGGAAGUGCUCCCACACAAAGACCUCCUAGACUUGUCACUGGACAUUCUGAGCACGGAUGAGUGGUCGCAGUUUAUUCUCGGUUUGAAUACUCUGUACGGCGACCAGAUCGUAACACCAAAAUCCCCACUAUUUUUUGCUCUGAGUAAAGAUUUGUAUACUUGGACUCGGCAGACCUCACACCACGUCUCUACUCUUGCUCGAUUGGACGAAGCUCUUCCGGACCGGGCGACAGUGAAGAUGAUUCUGAAAGGCGACUUCGGUCCGGUUAGUGAGCGUAAAAAAGAUGUGUUGCAAGCACUCAACUACCUUUCAUGGAGUGACAGCACAUCCGCGGAGGGUUUUAUGCAUAGGAUUAUAGGACUGCUGCCGCGACAGGAUAAGAGUGUAUAUCUUAUUUGUGCGUGUUUGGAGCAACUCAUGAGCGUGACGGCCGUAGGCUUGGAAGCCUGUGAGCAGAUCUGGGAAUCGAGCUGCGAGCAAAGCAACACCGAGUAUAAGCCGCUGACAAUCGAUGAGGACCGUCCAUCAUCUUCCCACUUGAAUUGCUCGCUGGAGGAGCGCCAGAGAGCCGUCACGGAAGUGUUAGUCGCAGGGUUUCUCCAAGACGACGAGAUGGCAGGUAGUAACAAGGCCGCCAUCGAAACUCUAGCCAGGCUGUUAGACUUACUGUGCUAUAAAACCCGGAUCCCGAAAUGGAAGCUAGAUGCCGCAGCCGAGCACUGGGCUGCUGAGGAGGAGCAAGUCUUUGAUGAGCUUGAAGAAAUGGUCGAAUUGGCCAGGGCGCUGAAAGAAAAAGAUCAUGCCGGUACCAAAGCUUUGCUUGAGGAACUAGGCUUCCCCGAUGAUAGUCCCCUGGACGAAGAGAUCGCCCAACUUCCAAUCGAUAUAGCCGGCUCCAUCGAGAAAUACAGCGACUCUGAGCUCGAAAUGAGUUUCAGCCUCGCAUCCUUUACGAUGCUGCAACGAACAAGUAUGGGGAUAGGCAAUGCGAAGACGCUCCUAGUGCGAUUAUACCUCGACUACACCGAUCAAGUCCCACCAGCAUUCUGCGUGCACAUUGACGACGACGACGACGACGACGACGACGACGACGAUAAUGAUGACGACGACAGCAAUAACGACAUGAAACCAUACACACACCAAGAACACACGCCAUGGAUCGCCUUGGAAGGAUCCAAAGCUCCCGCAGUCAGAUACUGCAAGGGCUCCCUAAACCCGCUCAUCUGGCAGAUGAGCAGAAUCGUGCACCGAGCCUUCUCGGGGCGCCGCAUGAGCCUCGAAGCGUUCCACAAGAUGGUGAACCACUACUUGGUAAAGCUGACGACCUUGUGCGUCGUGUGCGGACGAGUGCUGCCGUGGAAGGAAAAACUGCGACGGCCGCGACCUUGCGAUACGCCGCCGUGCUGGGGGAUAUGGGACAACUCGAGCUUCGAUGUGCAGCUGCCUGAGCUGCGGAAUGAUCCUUUGGUGGUGGAUUUGAUCUUGACUUCUGUGUUUGCUGCUGCUCAGACUGGAAACGACUCCCUCCUCCCAAACUGCCCAGUCGCCGCCACCGUCUGGGUAAAAGACAUACUAAACAUGCUCCCCUCCCUCACCAGCCUCGCAGCCGAACCAAACGUCUCCGGAAAACUGCUCUCCUGCCACCCUUCCGCUAAACAACUCGUACGAUGGGCACUCACCCACCACCAAGGCUUCCUCUCCAGCGCACGCGGGUUCCUGAAAAUCCCCUCGAUGCCCAUGGGAGCGCACCAAUUCAUCCUCGCAUCCGCAUCCCCGACGCUCGAGGCCGAGUUCGCGAAGAAAGCGGUGAAAUACUCGGGAUCAAAAGGUGCCUCGUCAAGCGACAGUCCUAAGAUAUUUUGGCACGGCACGUCGAUCGACCGCCUACCGUGCAUCUUGGAGCAAGGUAUGCGUGUGCUUUCCGGGACGAGUCUGCAGAGGAGCGGCGCGGUACAUGGACAUGGUAUAUACCUCUCCGACGACCCUUCGUUGUCGCUCGUGUAUGCUCGGGGGGCCGCGAGCUGGAACAACAGCUCGAUGAAUUGGAUGAAAUUGCUGCUUGGAUGCGAGGUUGUGGGGCCCGUGGAGAAGGCGAAUAACAAUGGGAUUUAUGUGGUCAGAGAUGAGGGGAGGGUUAUGGUGAGGUAUGUGUUUGCUUUGCCGGAUAGCGCGAAUGCGCCUGUUGCUAGGCAUGUUAUGCCGGCUAUGCAGAGUGCGUUGGGCGCGUUGAAGGGUGGUGCGGUUUGA